AUGACAAGUGUAUCAGUAAUGAUGACAGUAUUUGUUCUUAAUCUGCAUUAUCGUGGCCCAAAAAAAAAUGAAAUACCAUUUUGGCUUCAACAAUUAUUAAGUUUAUCAUUAGCAAAUAUUAUUCGAUCGUAUCAAAGAACAAAAAAGAUAAAAAUUUUUCAUAAAGAUAAACGAGAUUCAUCGAAGAAAAAUAAGAUUCAUGACAAUGACAGUGAAGAUCCAACAAGCCGAACAUCAGCAAAUGGUGUUGUAUUAUCAUAUACAAAUAUAAAUGAAACAAAAACUAAAAUACGAACAACAACAGAUGACGCAACUGCAAUGCAAAUGGAUGCGGAUGAUAAUCAAGAACGAAGAUCUGUAGAUAAUAAAAAUAAAAAUCGUUUAAGUUUACCUCGAGAAGAAAUUCAUCUUAAGAAUCGUUUAUCAUCUCGAACAAGUUCAAUUCAUACAGUUCAUGAUGAAAUACAAGAUACAUUACAUGGUUUAUUACGUAAACAAAAAGAACUUGAACAUGAUCAACAAGUAACAAAUGAUUGGCGUGCAAUGGCAACAAAAGUCGAUAAAAUUCUUUUUUAUAUUUUUCUUCUUUUAACGGUUAUAUCAACAUUAGGUUUACUUGUUGUUGUACCACUUUUUCGUACUAAUAUUCAACAAAAAACCAAAUUAUGGAAUGGUUCACGGCGACCUCCUGUUUAA